GUGAAGCUGGUGCAGAAAAAGAGAGAGAGAGAGAGAGGUGGGUUUAGGAGGCAGUGUUAGCGGCUUUUCUGCAUGGGAGAACAUGAACCUAUACAAUGGCAAAAACCAGGAGACUCUCAUUGAAAUGUCUUCCGCGGGGGAUGAGACUGGAGAUCUUGCUGUUAUCUCUGGUAUCGGAGGGGAAGUGGCAGGGGAAGACAAUGGACCUUACUAUGACCCUUCCAAUAGUAGCCGAGAAGGAGAAAUUCCUGGCAAUUCAGAGGUGCUAAGUACAACCACAGAGACUGCAUCUCUCAUCCAUGAUCCAACAAAAGUGAUGCAGAGAAAACAUGUGCUCUUCGUGAAAAGACGUUUCAGGAUUGACAAGCAGGUCCACAGUAAAGACUCUGUUUUCUUCUGUGAUGGAGUCAGAAGAAUUGACUUUAUCCUUUCCUAUGUGGAUGAUCCUAAAGAUGCUGAAAAGAAAAUGGAGAGAAGGAAAGAGUUCGAGACAAAUCUUUUGAAGACAGGCCUUGAACUGGAAACUGAAAAUAAGGAUGAUUCAGAAGACGGGAAAACUUACUUCACAAAGAUCCACGCUCCUUGGGAUGUCUUGGCCACAUAUGCGGAGGUUAUGCACAUUAAAGUGCCUAUUAAAGAAAAUGAUAUUCCCCAAGCGAGAGAAAACCCAUUUGACUGGAUGUUGAAACCAUUUCGACUGAAUCCAACAAUAAUAAACCCUGAACCGGAUUACUUCACAGCACCUUUCAGUAAACAGCGGCAAGAGCUCUUCCUCAUUAAUAAUCCAGAGACUUUUUUCUCGCCCUCUACUCGCAACCGAAUUGUGUAUUACAUUCUCUCUCGAUGCAAGUAUGCGACAGAAGAAGGCAAGAGGAAAUUUGGGAUUAAGAGAUUACUCAACAAUGGCACAUACACUGCUGCUUUCCCACUUCAUGACUGCAGGUACUGGAAGAAAUCGCAUGACCCCAAGAGUGAGAAUGAACGAUACACAUUAUACAAAAAGUGGGCUCGCUUUGGCCAAUUCUACAAGGAGCAGCCUCUGAACCUUAUCAGGAAAUACUAUGGAGAGAAGAUUGGAAUAUAUUUUGCCUGGCUUGGUUUUUACACAGAAAUGCUGGGAAUCGCAGGAGCAGUUGGUUUCAUUUGCUUUCUGUACGGCUGCAUAACCAAGGAUGGAAAUAUAUGGAGUGAGGAAAUUUGUGACGCUGAACUUGGAGGGAAGAUCAUCAUGUGUCCCUUAUGUGAUGAUUGUGACUUCUGGAGACUGAAUACCACCUGUGAAUCAACCAAGAAUUCUCACCUGUUUGACAAUGCUGCCACCUUGUUUUUUGCGGUUUUUAUGGGCAUCUGGGUUACUCUUUUUCUGGAGCUGUGGAAGCGGCGACAGGCAAAGCUCGAAUAUGAGUGGGACCUUGUGGACUUUGAAGAAGAACAGCAGCAACUUCAGAUACGCCCAGAGUAUGAGGCAAAGUGUACGCACCACAAGAAAAACCCAGUUACUCAGGAAACAGAGCCUUACAUCCCAAUAUCAAAUCAGGCAUUACGCUCGUGUCUCUCCGGAGCUACAGUUUUGUUUUGGAUCUCUCUGAUCCUGAUCUGUAUCAUAGCGGUUAUCGUGUAUCGCCUCUCAAUGUAUGCCUCCUUUGCCAAGAUCACUGUGAACAUGAAGAAGGUCAGGUACAUUGGCACAUUCUUCACACCCCAGAUGGCAACAUCAGUCACAGCCUCCGUCCUGAACUUUAUCAUCAUCAUGAUUCUAAACUAUUUCUAUGAGAGGGUGGCAAUCUGGAUCACAGAUCUUGAGAUCCCCAAAACUCACUUCGAGUAUGAGAACCGGCUGACCAUGAAAAUGUUCCUCUUCCAGUUCGUUAACUACUAUUCCUCCUGUUUCUAUGUUGCCUUCUUCAAAGGCAAGUUCAUUGGUCGGCCUGGGGAAUACAACCGUCUGUUUGGGACAUGGCGAAAUGAAGAGUGUGACCCAGGUGGAUGUCUCAUCGAGUUGACAACGCAGCUUACCAUUAUUAUGGCUGGUAAGCAAAUCUGGGGCAAUAUCCAGGAGUCAUUUUUGCCUUGGGUGAAAAACUGGUGGGUGAGUCGGAAUGCCAGGCACCACCCAGAGAAACUGUACUCUCGUUGGGAGCAGGACCAUGACUUACAGGACAUGGGACAACUUGGCCUGUUCUAUGAGUAUCUGGAAAUGGUCAUCCAGUUUGGGUUUGUCACACUCUUUGUGGCCUCAUUUCCUCUGGCACCUGUUCUUGCUCUGCUGAACAACAUUAUCGAGAUCCGCGUGGAUGCCUGGAAGUUCAUCACACAGUUCAAGAGACCCGUGGCAGCAAAGGCACACAGUAUAGGAAUAUGGCAUCAGAUUCUGAACGGUGUGGCCAUUUUCUCUGUAGUUACGAAUGCUUUCAUUGUGGCUUUUACUUCAGAUAUGAUCCCCCGUUUAGUUUACAAAUAUGCAUAUUCUACAAAUGACCAUCUGCCAAUGAAAGGCUAUAUCAAUAACAGCCUGUCAAUCGCCAGUGUUUCAGUGAAAAGCUCCAAUUUUGAAAGACAUCCUGAAAUCACCAGUUGCCGGUAUAAGGACUAUCGUUACCCUUCAGGACAUAGUUUAGAAUAUCAGCACAACAUGCAAUUCUGGCAUAUCUUGGCUGCAAAAAUGGCAUUCAUUAUCAUCUUAGAGCACGUUGUUUUCCUGGUCAAGUUUGCGAUCGCCGCACUGAUUCCGGAUGUCCCAAGUGAGGUGAAGGCUCGGAUAAAACGGGAGAAGUAUUUAACGCAGAAGAUUUUGCACGAGUACGAACUCAAUAAACUGAGAGAGAUGCUUGCUGGCACAGGGAGUUGUGCUGUAAACAAGGAGGUCUCUGUGCAGGCUGAAAAGGUGGAGUUGCUGAGCGAGCAGUUAUAGCCCAAGCGGCAGCAGGUUUCAGAAACACCGAGAAAGGACUCGCCUGCGUUAGUAAAACAAAUGGAUUUGUUUAUUUGGCGAGGAAUGGCCUGCCAUGAUGACAUAGGAUUAGGUUCCAGGAAUCAUGAUGUUGCUGCCACUAAUUAUUAUACUGUGUCCUGCUGUAGAGUCAGGGAGCUACUGCUUUUGAUGUGACAACAUUUCAGAAUAGUUUUCUAACCUGGCAAUUAACAGUUCCUGUUGUCUUUCUGCAUGUGCCAUUCCUUUGGGGUAAUGAACACUUCUGUUGUUGUCAAGGAGACACUGACUGUUAAACCGUCCAAAAACAUUACAAACCCGUUGAAAAGCUAGCAUAUAGGAUAAUGAAGAAUGUGGAGUUAUAAGUCUAGGUUAUACCCUGUCUGAUCUAAAAUGAGAACCAAUGCAAUCCUGUGAUCCGGUGCAAUGUCUUUUCAUUUAGUUUCACUCCUUUGGCCAUUGACUCCAUCAUAUCUGCUUUAGGCUCCCUUGGCCUCUUGUUUGUUUCCUUUUCUAUCUCUUGUCUCUUUUUAUUCCUUACCUGCCUUAUCCCUAGUCCACGUUCUGCGCAGAUUCAUCAGACCGACAAUACUGUCUGUAACAGAAUGAAACAAAACGGACACAAAAUGAUGUAUGAAGCAAGGUCAUGUUCUGUGAAACUUAGAGUGGAAACUACUGCGAGAUACUAAUGUACAAAAUGUAACUACUGAAAUCUCAUUGACCAAUUCACACAGGAAAUUACUGGGCAGAUUGCUACAAGAAAAGACUUCUUUGUGUCAAAGAUAUGGUUGUUCACAAUUCUUAACUUUAUGCACAUGCUGAAUAAAAAAAGCCAUCAGUUUUCUGUAAUACCUCCACAGCUAGGGCUAAGUGCUACACAUCUCUAUAUUAUUACUGCAUGCUCCAGUGUUGGACCAUGCCCUAGCUUCAAUGACUAGUGAAGAAAUGCAUCAUUAGUUUUGUAACAAAAUUUACUCUCAAGGUUGCAAUAAAACUUCCUUUGAAAACUGUUUUAAAGAGCUGGAUGUGGGACAGGCAGAAUAGGUGUGGAGUAAGUAUGUUCUCAUCACAGAUGUCCCAAACUGUGUCAGCAAACAGAAGGAGUUUCAAAAAGCCCCUCCUGCCACAAUAACACGCUUUGAGCAUCAUAAAGGGACAUCAAAGAAGACCAUUCUUAAACAACCUUCACACAAUGGCCCACCUGCCAAUGCCCUGAGUGUUUUGAAAGUGGAGCGAGAUUAAAGCCCUGAAAUACCAGUGUAGUGGGCAAUUAAUUGGCUUCAUUUAGCUAAAGAGCAGGCAGCCGAGAGAUAAUGUAUCCUCUCCUUUGUAUUAUAGAUUCAGGGGUAGGUGGGAAGAAAGUGGGAUGGGCACUUGACAUAUUUUGUAUGUCCCUCCUGCCAAAAAACGUGCGACGUAAAAUCUACCCCAUGGUGUCUUGAGGUAAGCCCCUCCAAUGAGCAUCAGAGACUGGUCUGACAUUGUGCCAUUCGGCCUUUUCCCUGUGCCUCAAGAACUGUUCUUUCCUGAAUGCCCAGAGACACACAGAAGUGGGGGUUGGGGGUGAGAGACCCCACCUCCUGUGGGAUAUCAUGGAGGCAGCCCACAGAGGUCAUAGGUCACCAAAACAUAGGCUCACCAAGUAGCAAGUGAGAAUGACCUUUUGCCUGAUAUACAUAAUAAUUCCACAAACAUAAGCAUGAGGAGUAGGCCAUUUGGCCCCUUGAGCUUGCUCUACCAUAUAAUAAGAUCAUGGCUAAUCUGAUUGUAUUCUCAAAUCUCCAUUCUCACCUACCCCUAAUACUUUUCCCUACUACCCCCAACACACUUGCUUAUUGAGAAACUAUUUACGCCUCCCUUAAAAAUAUUUAAAGACUCUGUUUCCAGAAGCUUCUGUGGAAGAGAGUUCCAAAGACUCUUGACCCACUGUGAGGGGGGAAAAAAGCCUUGUGUCUGAUCUCUGUUUUAAGCGAGUGGAGGUUUCUUUCAGACAGUGACCCUUAGUUCUGGAUUCUCCCACUAGAUUGCAAAUUCUCUCCAUGUCUAUGCUGUCAAGACUCGUCAGGAUCUUUAUGGGUUUCAAUGAAGUUGUUUAUUACUGUUCUAAACUCCAGCUGACAUAAGCCUAAACUGACCAAUCUUGCCUCAUAAGACAGCCCAUCCAAUCCAGGUAAUCUGGCUGAUAAACAGCAAUGUAAAUUGCUGGGAAAAUUCAGCAGGUCUGGCAGUAUCUGGGGAGAGGUUAAAAAAAAAUGUUAACAUUUCAGGCUCAGUGAUCGUUCUUCAGGUCAUUCUGAAGAAGGAUCAGUGGACCUGAACCAUUAACUCCGCUUUGUCGCCCCAGAUGCUGCCAGACCUGCUGAAUUUCCCCAACAAUUUUGGUUUUUGUUUCUGAUUUCCAGCAUCCACAGUUUUCCUUUAAUUAGGCUGAUUAACCCUUCUCUGAAGGGUUACUUCUGAUUAAUUCUGGUCUGCUAUUUUUGUAAACAGAAAGAGUACCUUGAAUAGAUCAGCAGGAGCGACUUAUGGAGCAAGGAACUAGCUUCUUAUUUCAUCUAUUUCACAUAGGGGCCUUAUGUGAAAUAGAUGAAAAGUUUCAGAUUACUCCCAGGUCAAUUCAAACAAAAACAAUUGAAGGCAAAGAGUAUGUUUCAUAAACUAUGUCCAUGCUUUAAGUUGCCCUGCAUAUUUUAACAUUGUCUUAUUUUUAAGGCCUGCACUUCUUCCGAUUACGUUCUCAGUCCUGGUAUCAUGUGAUUGCCCCCUGACUGCCACCCUUACCUGCUGGAGUUACAACCCCACACCCAUGCUUGCUAGCCCCUGGUUUUACUUCCUUCUGGCAUUGCUUCCCUCCGCCUUUGCCAUGGGUCUUGCCCCUCAUUUGUUCCCAACACCGCUGCCAUCCCUCUCCCGGCAUUGGUACCUCUUUUCCUCUACUACCCCCUCACAAUCUUGCCUUCCUCUGCUCCUUCAGCCUAACUGUAGGUUCCAAACUUGUACUAACCGUCUCCAUCUAGUGGUGGAAGCUGGGAGAGUCCCUGCACUGUCAAUCCUCCACCAUUGGAUUAACGUGGUCAACCUAAGGUACUGUGUUUUUAUAAAUAUUUUGAAAAUUACUAUAUUGUACUUUAAAGAUCUUAUACUGUCUUGAUUUUCUUUAUAUUUUGUGUUGUGUUUUAGUUUGCAAGUUAUUUCAGCUGUGCGUGUACAGCGCUGCACAUGUAUGAUACAGUAUUUUCAACAUCAUCUUUGUUUUGCCUGAGCAAAAAAAAGUCCAAAGGUACCUAAUUCUGACUUCCUUUGGGAAACUAUGAUUCAUUUAAAGUUGUUUUAUUCAAGGUUUUGAUUUUAAGGGAUGAAGUCACAAUUUUAAGCGAGGACUUACUGUACAAACUUCCAGGAGCAAUGGUUUCAUGUUAGCCCAGCCACAAUUCUAGUUUCCUCUGAGACUUUCACAAAGUCUAAGUGGAAAUGUGUGUUUAUGUAGUCUCCAGUUUCAAUUUUUUUAUGAAAAGCCAUAAUCUUUAACAAAAAAAAGCAAACCUGACUUCAGAUCAUUGACAAUUGCCAAGCACAUUAUAUUUAGAGGCAUCAGUGCAGAUUCAAUUAUAAAUCUUUUAGAUUGCAGUGAAGCCAGUAUCAGUGGAAAAUGUCUAUUACAGGACACCAUAGAGCCACACUUAAAAGGCAAAGAUGGUCAUUGCUGAAAAAUCUGGGCUUGGAGUCUUCGAUGAGCUAAAUGGGAUGUGGGGAAAUGGAUUCAGUAUCAGAGAAAUGUCUACCCACACAGAUGUUGGCGUCAUGGUUGACUGUGUCUCCUGCUCCAGGUCAUUAGGAGGAGCUUAAUCAAGAUAUUGCAUCCAAAUUGAGGCAAGGAUGUUAAAUACACUGGCUGUAACCUGUGUGCCAUCGCCUCCUCAAAGCAGCUGGUUAAAUUUAGCAUUCACUUCUGCCUUAUGAGGGCUGACAGUGAUAACCCUCACUCGUGGACUCAGGCUAGCACUGAGCUUUUCAUCUAUCCUACAGAUCUACUGUGGGAGUUUUGACUCUGGGCAUCAGUAAGAAAAAUGGCAGGAUCCUAGAGCCAAGGACAGGUUUUCAGCUGUUGGCAAAGUUAGCACAGUGGACACAUCUAGCCCUCCCCGUAACCCUAACCAACCUUGUGACAAACAAAGGAGCAGAGAAAUGAACUGGUGACUAGUAUCCCCAAGCGAGCUGGUCUCCCCUCUUCUCCAUAUUCACUGCAAAAUUCAGAGGGAUUGAGAGCAGGGAGUUUAGUCCUUAAUAUAAGUUACCAUAUACCAUCACAAACAAAUAAUGAAAAUCCUCAGUUACUCAUCAUUUGAAUACAUUUUUGGUUUGUUCUGGUGAAGCUCUGGAUUUACUUUAGAUCUCCCCUCCAUACAUAAGUAGUUCAGGGUCUUUCUCCACCACAUCUCUAUUCUUGCCCCUUCAGCAUUCCCCCCCACGCCACCCCUUCCACCACAUUCUCCAUUAAAGAUCAGUGUUUCUUCUGCUGUCAUUUGCAGAAUUCUGAAAUUCUCAGUUCCAGAGGGUUGAUGAACCUGUCUCCACUUUGCUCCUCGACUGUCGGAUUCAGACAUCUCUCUUGACCCUUCAGGCCUGGAGGCAGACAGAGCUGAAACCAUUAUUGGCAGAGACAUCAAACUCCCUCUGCUGGGUAUAAUCAGUCCAGGAUUACUCUCCCUUUUCCUGAUGGCUACUGCCAGAAGAUACCAACAGUAGUUCACUCUCAUUGCUGAGGAUUCACUAGCCUCUUGCACAGUUCUUGGAUAUAUCUGAUCAGACCAGGAUAUUUAUCCACUUCCAUACAUUCUAAUACUUCGAACACCUCCUUUGCUAUGAUAUCACCACUAACUUUCCUGAACACGGUUAACAAAUUCCACCCCAUCUAAACCUACAUACUACUUGAUACCAAGUUCAUGAUAAUCUGCUCUUCAGCGCAGGUGACUGCUUCCAGGCUCUAAUGUAUGCACCAAAGUGAUGCCUCUCCCGCUUAGUCACCCUGUGUAUGAUUUUUGUGAAUGAAAACCAUAAGGCCACGUUAUAGAGCAGAAACGUAUGAAAAUGGACUGAAAAUCAGUCUUGCCAUUAAAACCAGGAUUAACCUCGUUCAAAGCAAAAAAAAAAGAAAUUGUUGAAAAAAUCAGGCCUGGCAACAGCUGUGGAGAGAAAACAGAAUUUAGUUUCGGGUCCAGUGAUCCUUCCUCAGAACUAGACCUGAAACGUUAAUUCUGCUUUGCUGCCGGACCUGCUUAUUUUUUCCAGCAAUUUGCGGUUUUGUUUCUCACUUCAGCGUCUGUGGUUCUUGGGUUUUUCUGAUCUUGUUCUAGGUGGGUGGCCAAUUAAAAUGAUCACUCCCAUCAACACCAGAGCUGGGUAGUGAUCAUUGUCUGUACUACAGGGAGAGGUGUAAAGUGAAACAGUGCAGCCCCUACACAUCCCUUUCCCUCCCCACUCCCGGUAACCACAACCAUCGCCCCCCGCCCGCUUCACCCCACAAGCACACAGUGAAGGUAGGUCCUAUUGUAUUAGGGUGGCGAGGAAUCCUAGAAUCCAGGGACAAAAUAACGGGGUUGGAAGAUCCUGUCAGAUAGGUACAUGAGGAACCUCCCUGAAUGAAGCCCUGUCUAUCCACCUUUCUUCAUGUGAGCAAUUAUAAACUUAACUGCCCACUCCAGCUCCUGAGAUGCUGCUGGGCCUGCUGUGUUCAUCCAGCCUCACAUUUUAUUAUAGUUGAGGACAGCAGCUUUUAUCGAGAUCAAUUGACCUUUGUAUGAGCUCAGUUGACCCUUAAUUAUUUGUUUAAAGAUGGUGCUAAUUUGUCCACCUACCUACCCUCUGCGUUAUGAGGGUAAGCUUGAGGUGGGCAGGAAAUUAGCAGGCUGGGCACCUGUUCAAUUUUACAUGCACCCCUCCCACCAAAAACACACCCUGCACAGCCAUCUCGGCCCCAGCUAACACAAAUAUUUGACAAAGUUUGCUACUUGUAACUGUGGGACCCCUGGCGAACUUAUUGCUGUAUUUUUGUUUAAAGAGUCAUGGAUACUUUAAAGAGAAAACUAAACUGCAGAUGCUGGAAUCCGAGAUCGACAAACAGGAGGCUGGAAGAACACAGCAAG